UUCUCUCUCUAGCCUAUGUCGGCCCAGUUCCGUUCCGUCCAGCCGAAGCCCACUAAUUCAUCAAAUCAACUCAAAUCAGCGGCUUGAAAGAAUAAGACGAUUCGUAAUCGUGAUAUAACGGAGUUACCAAUAAAAGACCGCAAUCGCGUGAGCUUCGUUUCCACGCGCCCCGGCGGUACCCUCUCCCAGUCAGCCUUCUAACCCUUCUUUCCCAACAUGUUUACCUCACGUGCCAUAUCGCCAUCCGGCGUCCCCUUCGCCGCACUUACUUUUUCUCACCCACUCGCCAAAAUUAUUAAUCCUCUGUCUUCUCUCUUCUCAGCCAAAUUUUUACCCUCAGAUCUCCGCCGAAAUUACCACUAUCACCACUCAUCACCGAUCCUAGAUCCAUGGGCGAUUUAACGGAGUCAUCGACGCCGGCACGUCAGUUACCGUUCCGAGAGGAUUGUUGGACGGAGGAAGCCACUUCGACGUUGGUUGACGCUUGGGGCCGCCGUUACUUGGAGCUGAACCGUGGGAAUCUCCGUCAGAAGGACUGGCAGGAGGUGGCUGAUGCCGUUAACGCCCGCCACGGUCAUACCAAGAAGACGCACCGUACCGAUGUUCAGUGCAAGAAUCGAAUCGAUACCCUCAAGAAGAAGUUAAAAAUUGAAAAGGCCAAGAUUGCUGAGUCUAAUGGAACCCUAACCUCGUCGUGGCCUUUCUUUUCUCGUCUUGAUGUUUUGAUCGGUUCUAAUUUUAACAAACAGCAGCAGAAAUUCAUGCCGUCGCCGAUCCCGUUGGUAUCUCAAUCGACGUCGACUUUGUCUCUGCCAUCGCCUCCGAUGGCUGUUCCGUUACCUUUCCGUAAGUUUCCGUCUGCGAUGUUACCUACGGCUGUUUUGCCGCAGAAGCGUCCGUAUUCGUCUCCGUCACCGCCACCACCAACUGUGGAUGAGUCGUAUUUCAGGAGGAAUUAUUCUGCCAUGGCUGCUGCUGCAGCUGCGGCCGAGGAUGCACCUGAUGCAGAGGAUGAGGGGGACUCGGGUGGGGAGGAAAUUGAAGUGAGCGAUGAGAGGGGUGCGGAGGAGGAGGGGGGAGAUGAGGGGAUGAGGAGAUUGGCAAAGGCAAUAGAGAGGUUUGGAGGGAUAUAUGAGAGGGUGGAAAGCAUGAAGCAGAGGCAGAUGGUGGAGCUGGAGAAACAGAGGAUGCAAUUUGCCAAGGAUUUAGAGGUUCAGAGGAUGCAGUUAUUUAUGGAUACUCAGGUCCAGCUCGAGAAGAUCAAGCAGGCUAAACGAUCUGGAUCUUCUGAUGUUUCUUGAAGGUGUUACUAUCAUAUGAUGCAGAUAUUUAUAGUUAGCAAUGAGGAAAAGAGCUUGAUGGGUAUUGCUGUGUGGAAGUUGGAGCACAAGUAACUUUUGAGUCCUUGACUUGCACGGUUAUAUCAAUAUUCCUAGAAAAACAUUGGUCUCGGCAAAUUUGUCGGCAGAGAAGAAUUUUUCCUCUCCUAGUGAAUAGAUUAUCUGCUGUAUUUUGUGUCUGAGUUUUAUUCGUAACUUAAUUAUGCAGUUAAUGUAGUAGGUUCUAUUUCUUGAUGUCUCUGGUUAUGUUGGCCUGCUGAAACCUAUAAAUUUUAAGGCCUUGUUCUAGUCGAAAAUGUUGAUUUUAUAUUUCCCUGGAAACUUGAAAUUUUGAACAUUUACAUGAAUAUUUCUAAAUAUGCAUAGUUUAUGAUUUGCCUAA